AUGCCGCCCAAAGGCAAGCAGCAGGAGCCUGCUAAGAAGAAACCCACUGUCGGGGAUAAGACGUUUGGCAUGAAAAAUAAGAAGGGCGGUGCGGCGCAGAAACAAAUCAAACAGAUCCAAGCCAGUGUCGAGGGUGGAGUGUCACCCGCUGAGAAGAAGAAAGCCGCCGAGAAGGCCCAGCGCGAGAAGGAGAAGCUCGCGGCAGAGAAGGCACAGCGCGAGGCAGCCGAUCUCUUCAAACCUGUGCAGACACAGAAGGUGCCGUUUGGAGUCGAUCCCAAGACGAUCGUGUGCCAGUUCUUCAAGAAGGGCCACUGCGAGAAGGGAAAGAAAUGCAAGUUCUCGCAUGAUCUGGAUGUCGGGCGGAAACAGGAGAAGAAGUCCUUGUACACGGAUACUCGAGAGGGCGAUGAGGAGGAGGGAGAGGGGGAUGCCAAGAAGAAGGAUGAUAUGGCGGAUUGGGACGAGGAGAAGCUGAGGAGUGUGGUGAUGAGCAAGCAUGGGAAUCCCAAGACGACGACGGAUAAGGUGUGCAAGUUCUUCAUUGAGGCUGUGGAGAAUCAGAAGUAUGGAUGGUUCUGGACGUGUCCGAAUGGAGGCGAUCAAUGCAUGUAUAAGCAUUCGCUACCGCCGGGUUUCGUGCUCAAGACAAAGGAGCAGAGGGCGGCGGAGAAGGCGUUGAUGGAUAAAAGUCCAUUGAAUACUCUGACUUUGGAAGACUUCCUGGAAAGUGAGCGACACAAGCUGAGUGGAACGCUGACACCCGUCACUCCCGAUUCGUUCGCGAAGUGGAAGAAAGAACGCAUGGACAAGAAGGCCGCCGAGCAAGAAGCACAGAAGAUGAAGGAAGCAACAGGCCGUGCACUGUUCGAAAAGGGCGAUUGGCAAGCCAGCGAUUCCGAAGACGAAGACGACGAUGACGGCGGGUUCGACCUCCAGGCUCUGCGUCAACAGACGGAGGAAGCGCGCCAGAAGAAGGAAGAGGAGCGGUUGGCUGCGGCCUUGGGCGAGACGAGUCUUUAG